AUGGUGCGGCCGACGCCGGAGGGCGGGCACCAGGGCCUGGAGGGCAGCAUGCAGAGAGUGAAAGUUUACAGACUCAACGAAUACGGGCAGUGGGACGAUAAGGGCACGGGACAUGUGUCCCUCCAGUUUUUCCAGGCCGCUGGCGCCCACGGCCUCGUGGUGGUUGGGGACGACUGCAAGGAGCUCCUGUUGCAUCGCAUUGCCGGGGAGGAGGUCUACCAGAAGCAGUCUGACUCGAUUAUCACGUGGACCGACCAGGACGUGGGCAUCGACAUUGCCCUGUCCUUCCAGGAGCCGAUGGGCUGCCAGGCGGUGUGGGACUCCAUCGCCUCGGUCCACCGGCGACGCUCCGGCGCCGACCGGGACGCGCCGCCGUCCCAGCAGCCGAUCGGCCUCUCGCAGCCAGGGAUGCACCAGCGCGCGCCGCACGGUCUGGACGACUACGGCGGGCUGCUGAGUCCGUCGGGCGACAUGGACCUGGACGGGUUUGGCGGGCACCCGGCGGCGGACCUGCCGCAGCAGCCGGAGCUGGGCAACCUGGGGGACGUGGCGCGCGUGCUGUCGGAGCUGUCGCCGUUCGCCCGGGAGCGCGUGGCGUCCAAGCUGGUGCACGGGGGGUGGCCGUCGCGCGUGCUGGACCUGUUUCACCAGUGCGAGGACCUGGAGGACGCCGAGGGGCUGGCGAACUGCGCGCGCGUGGUGCGGGCGAUGAUCAUGCUGAACGACUCGCGGCUGCUGGACGUGCUGCUGCGGCCGGCGUGCAUCAUGGACGUGGUGGGGGCGCUGGAGUGGGACCCGGAGGGGGGCGUGCGGCAGCGGCACCGCAAGUACCUGGAGGAGGAGGUGGUGUUCAAGGAGGUCGUGCCGAUCCGGGACGAGGAGACGCGCGCGCGGAUCCACCAGACGUACCGCAUCGGGUACAUCAAGGACGUGAUCCUCCCGCGCGCGCUGGACGACGCGGUGUUCGCCAGCCUGUCCUCGCUCAUCCUGUUCAACAACGUCGAGGUCGUCACGGCGCUCGCCGAGGACAGCAACUUCCUCCCGGAGCUGUUCGAGCGCCUCAAGAGCGUGGACAAGGCCUCGCCCGAGUGGGAGGACCUGGUGGCCUUUUUGCAGGAGCUGUGCGCGCUGAGCAAGCACCUCCAGGCGGGCACACGCGGGAAGCUGUUCGCGAGCCUGCAGGCGCUGGGGCUGUUCCAGGUGCUCGGCGAGGUGAUGCGCGGGUCGGGCCUGGGCCCGCGGCUGAAGGCGACGGACAUCAUGAUGUCGUGCACGGGGAGCGACCCGCUGCCGCUGCGGAACCACCUGAUCUCGCUCGAGGGGCGCGGGCUGCUGUCGUCGCUCGUGGACUGCCUGACGCACGGGGACGAGGGCGGGCUGCAGGAGCAGGUGCUGGACCUGGUGCGCGUGCUGCUGGACCCGGAGACCAUGGAGUCGUCCGACGCGACGAAGAGCCAGUUCCUGGACGUGUUCUACGACCUCCACAUGCAGAAGCUCAUCUGGACGCUCUCGGGGCACCCGUGCGGGAAGGAGGAGGCCGGCACCGUGUCGGCGUCGACCAUGGGCCUCAUCGUGGACCUGCUGUGCUUCUGCGUGCAGCAGCACACGUACCGCAUGAAGUACUACAUCCUGCGCAACAACGUCGUCGAGAAGGUCAUGCGCCACCUCCUCAAGCGCCGCGAGCGCUGGCUCGUCCUCGCGGCCGUGCGCUUCGUGCGCUCCGUCGUGGGCCUCAAGGACGAGUUCUACCUGCGCUACAUCACGCGCAACAACCUCCUCGAACCCCUCGUCGAGCUCUUCCUCCAGAACGGCGAGCGCUACAACCUCCUCAACUCGGCCAUCCUCGAACUGUUCGACUUCAUCCGCAAGGAGAACAUCAAGACCCUCCUCAUGCACAUCGGCCAGACGUUCCUCCCGCAGCUGGAGCAAGUGUCGUACGUGGAGACCUUCACGCAGCUCCGGAACAAGCUCGAGCAGCUGAACUACACCGAGAGCCGCACCGCCCCGGGGCAGGGCGCGCCCGCGGACGCGGCCCUGGCGCUGGAGCGGCGGCGGCGCGACGACCGGGCGCUGGACAAGGACGAGGAGGACUACUUCGAGGGCGGCGACGACGAGCCCGCGGGGGGCGAGGGGGCGCGGCUGGUGACGCCCGCCGGGCUCGUGGACUACCCGGACGACGACGAGCAGCUGGUGGACGACGGGCGGUCGAUGCCCGUGCGAGGCCUCGACGCGCAUGAGAUGCGGCGCGGGGCUGAGGACGGCGACAACGACAUGAACGCGAAGCGGCUGCGGCCAUAG